AUGUGGGUUACAGGCGAGCGUGGCACCAUCGCCCUAGCAGAGCGCAUGGCAGCGACGAAGUUGCUGAUGGACGGGAACCCCUCGAAUCUUGUUGCUGGCACCAACGUGAUGAUGCCUCACAUCUGGCCGGAGUUUCAAGCCUACCGUGACAUUGUCUUCUGGUGGAAGUACUUCCUCUGCACGGACAUCCGGGUCUUCCCCGAGGCAAGGAAGUUCCACCCGGCGGAAGCCAUCGCCCGCUGGAGCGUGCAAGUGGACGACAAGGGGAGGCCCUACUUCAAGAUCACGGCCCUGGGGAAGGACAACGUGGUGUGGAUCAACGACCGCACGCCGCCGCAGCCCCCGGCCUCGGGUCAUCGGUGGCCCUCGCCCGCGCUCCCGGCGAUGCACACCAAAGGAGAAGUCCGUACAGAGGACGAUCUGCUUUACCAGAGGUCUUUACCCAACUUCGCGGAUGAGAAGACGGGGCGCCCGAUGCUGCGGCCCUCGGACAGUGAGGGCAUGCUGUCCUACUUGACGGUGCCCUACCUGCGGCAGCCGCUGCUGCUGAGCUUCUUUACGACGCAGGAUCGGAGCAACUGCCUUCGCCAGGGCACGCUGCAAAGGAUCCUCCAGGCUUCGAUGCUGGAGCCUGGGAGGCUGCUCUUCCCCGAGGACAUGAAGAACAUCCCGGAGUUCGUGCCCGCCACGGCCGAGGAGGAGCAUUUGGUGGCCUCUCCUUUCAGUCAGAUUCUCACGGAGCUGUCUCAUGGGCCGACGGUGAUCCUGACCGCCGUGGGCAAGCUCAUGGCCCUCACCUUAAGCCUCGCGACCUCCGUGACCUCCGAAACCGUGCCGGCGAUCCUCUUCUCGGUGCGCCUGGCGGUGCGUGUGGAGUCCGCCGCGGCGCUUUUGAUGGACCACGCCGAGGGCAAGGUGGCACGGGCCUGGCCGAGGCUUACCACCACGCCCAGCGUCUUGGAAGACCUGCGGCGGGGUCGGAGCUUGCUGCGGAGCACCUUCGAGGGCGAAGUCUUGCCAUGGUUCGAUCGGUGGUUGGAAGAGCUGGCGGAGUCGGCACAGCAGGAGCCCAGCCGUGAGGAUGAGUGCAACCAGCUCGCCUGCCGGCUCCACGCCCACCAGGUUCUGGUGCUCCGGAACGUUCCGCAGAGCGACUUCGAUGCGGAGCGCGUGAAGAGGCUGCUCUCCUCCCUGACCUAUUUGUCCUCCCAUCACACCUUCAACCAGGAGCGCCUGGAGGUUCCGGAGACGGAGCUCUUCGAGACCCUGCAGCUGCACCGGCGCUACAUCGUGCGUUGGCUCGUGGAGCAACGGCGCCUGAACGCCUUGCAGGGCUUCAACUCCGUGCUGCGGAGCUGCCAUCAGCAGCUCUCCGCCCUUGGGGACACCAGCGCCCCGGAGACCGCGGGCUUCGAAUGGGUCUGCGUGGGCGACGACUCGGAGUACGAGGGCCGCUUCGGCGUUCUCAGCGAGGCAGCCCCGGACAAGGAGGCCCAGGGAGGGGCGGAGAAGGAGAAGGAGAAGGGAGUGAAGACCGUGAAUGCAUCCGAUGCCUUUUGGAUCGAGCUGAACGUCCAGCUGCUCCAGGUGACCGUGCGUGGCCGCACGCUCGUUCCCUUGGAGGACUUCAUCUGGCAGGAUGAGGACUUCAAGCACGUCUUCGUCUCGGAGUUGGGAGAGAAGGGUGCCAUGCAGAAGACCACGGUGCAAUGCUCCGCGUUGUUGACCUCCACGAACGCCACGGUGCGGGAGCUCCUCAGCAUACCCUUCCGAGCUACGCAUUGGUCCUCAAAGCCUGCCAGCUUCCUGCCCUUCCUCGACGACUGGGACCGCCUCUACGACGUCGAGGAUUUGGAGGAGGACGAGUUCUGGAUAGCCGAGCUCUUCGAGCCCGUUCGACGCAUGUUCUUCAUCCCACCCCCGCCGAAGAAGCCGCCCCUCUUCUUCAUGAAGGACGAGCCUGUGUCACCCGAUGCCACCGUGGUUUGCCUCAUGGGAGUACACCAGGAAGCUAAGGCACGCAUCUGGAAGGAGGUCCACCUCUUCAAGGAGCGCCGCAUGAUCCACAUCUACGGGAUCAAGUCCUACGGCCAUCAGCUGUACCGGCAGCUGGAGUACACCAGCAACGCUCGGCUUUGCAUGCAUGAGCUGCAGCCGCCGCUGGACGGUCGCGACGAGCCUUGGCCCAUCUGGGCGAGGUAUGCUGCCGGUGGCUCGAACUGCGAUCUGAACAACCACGAGAACACCACCACCGUGUCACGCACGGCCAUCAAGGGCCUGGCGGGAUUCGGGGGGGAGGUGGAGGGGGACAAAGAUGCCAUGGAUGAUCCCGAAGAGUGGGAUGAGGCGGACUCCGGCGGCGAACGGAUGGCCGGCAGUGCAGUGAAGGAAGAUGAGGAGGAGCUCGAGGAGGACGGCGUGCAGCGCAGGCGAAGGCAGCUCCGCCACACGGCUGCGGAGCCGCAGCCGGUCUACUGCCGAGAGGCCCACGAGCUCCAGCCCGAGAGGAAGAAGAGCAAUCGUUGCAACUUCUGCGGCUGCAGUGGCACCGCCUGGCGCUGCCGAGACUGCGACUACGACCUCUGCGAGGCCUGCCAAAGGAACCUCUCCAGAAAGGUGCCCGUGCAGUUCCAGGAGGGUGACCGGAUGCAGAUCAAGGGCAAUGGCUACAGCCGCAAGGACGGCAUCGACUGGCGCUUCUGCUUCUACGCCGGCGCCGACUGCGUCUUCUCCUUUGCGCCCUGCACGCAGCGAAAGUGCAUCCUCCGGAACUCGAUUCUCGAUGGGUCGAAAGGCAGCGAGGUGCGGACGGGAGGAUGCCCCCUGGGCUCCGAAAGCGAGACGUUCGUCGUGACCUUCGAAAAAAGUGACGAAGGCUUCGAAAUCUCCAUUAACGGUGAACGUCUGACGGAUUUCGACUUCCCCGACCGCUCCGCAGAGAUCGUGGACCACAUCGGCUUCGAUUGCAGGGCCGGGAAUAUCAAAGACGUCGAGAUCUUACACGACCGCAUGAUCACCGAGAAGUCUCCCUUCGAGCGCAUGAUGGAGGUGGGCGAACAGUACCUGCCCGGCCGAGUCCUUUGGGGUUUGCUUCCAGAGGCUUUGCUACAAGACUACAACUUCUACCAGGAGAACGCCCCGCCGCACCGCGUCAUCCGAGGCUAUCCUGCUAAAGGCCGAUGGCCCUCGGACCACGAGGAGGAGGACCUCCUAGAGUCGGACUCCAGUAACAAGAAGGUAGACCACAUCCUCAUCGUCAAGCUUGUUCGCAUCAAAAAGAUCCUCUGCACCGGAAUGCGCGGUUGGGGGGCCGUGGUCAUCAAACGCUUCCGCGACGGCAUGGGGCGUCCUGACUUGUACCUCCUGGACCUGCUCCACACCAAUGCAGGCACUCCGCUGCACCACCUGGCCGACUCGUUGGCCCGAGCCGAGAAUCUCUCCUACAUCCUUGCCUGGACGUCCCUGAACCCCUGGGAGGCA